GGCAACGCUCUCUUAGCCUUUUCGUUCACUUUACACACAGAGAGAGAGAGAGAGAGUGAGGAAAAUUUGGAAUUAUUUCAAAAGAGUUUUCACAACAUUUUCGGAAAUUCAGUCUAAGCAAAAUCCUAAACCAUUAAGAUAAAAACAAAUUUUAACUGGCUUAUUUCAAGCAAUUUGCGUUCGUUUUUGUAAAACUCAAGAAUCUGGCCAAGAUGAAUAUGCAAUUUCAAUAUAAAAAGGAUCACACAUUCGAUAAACGCCGUAACGAAGGCGACAAGAUACGCCGCAAAUAUCCGGAUCGUGUGCCAGUGAUUGUGGAGAAGUCACCAAAGACGCGUCAUGCUGUGCUCGAUAAGAAGAAAUAUCUGGUGCCCACCGAUCUGACAGUGGGACAAUUCUAUUUUCUCAUACGCAAGCGUAUAAAUCUACGUCCGGAUGAUGCUCUAUUCUUCUUCGUGAAUAGCGUUAUACCGCCAACAUCGGCCACAAUGGGUUCGCUAUAUCAGGAACAUCAGGAUAAGGACUAUUUCCUCUAUAUAGCCUAUUCGGAUGAAAAUGUUUAUGGGCAUCAGCAAUAGGCAACAAAUCUACAUAAUAUCUUUCGUUGUUUUUUUUUUGUUUCUUCUGCAAGUUAUACAAGUUUUUUGGGUUAUUCCAUGGAAAAAAAGGCACAAAUCAAGCUAAUUACGGGAAGAAUCCUCAACUGAAGCCAUUGAUGACUAACUAUUCAGCUAGUAAAUGUGUACAAAGAAUAAUUAAUAAAAAAUGGACUUCCCCGUCGUUGUGUAGAUGCUUUCAGUUCAUCAUUAUGGAA